ACAGAGGGUGGAUGUUGAGGUUAAACCGUCUUGAUUUGGGAGCUUUUUUUUUUGCAUGAUUUUUGACAUUCGGCACAUGCUUUUCUCAGAGAGAGAGAGGGAGAGAAAGGGGGAGGUUUGAACGUCUUCUCAUCUCCGUUCGCUCGUGUUCAGACCUCCACAGCCAGACAGAACCAUCAACCUUUAUGACACCCAGAAAAUUGCAGAUUUACUCUAAAUUAUACACACGUCUGAAAGGAAACAGACACGUAUGAGACCAGCAGACACUCUGAAAUGAUUCUCGCUUGGUUUUUUUGCAUCGUUGUGAAUUUUGUGGUUGUCUUCCCUGAGCUUCAGAGCGUCUGACCGGCACUUGAUCCGUGAAGAGCUCUCUGCUCCAUCUUCAGCUGCCUGAGACGUGAACCUCAGAAAGACUCUUUAAUGAAUCAGUAUUCGCCGCUCGAUGCCAUGGCGUUCAACCGGCGGAUUUUAUAAUUCUGAAGGACGGAUCUUCUGGUCUAGUCGAGUGUCGUGGAAGAGUUACAGAGGAAACAUCACGCUACCGAAGAUCCCGGAGUCCAACAUGGCUCUGAGCGUGUUAGGAGUGUUUCUAGGAUUACUUCUGGAAGUUUCUACACACGGCCCCUCCAGCGUUCCCAGGAGCUCAUGGAAGCAGGAUGAUGUGAACCUGCUUGAGUUCUGGGAGCCGGACGUGUUCAACUACACGACUCUCCUGCUGAGCGAGGACAGAGGUGUGCUGUACGUGGGCGCUCGAGAGGUCAUCUACCAACUCAACAUGACCAACGUGUCAAUCAAGAGCAACCAGCUGAUGUGGAAAGUUCCAGAGAACGACAUGUCAAUGUGUAUUUUAAAGGGCAAAUCUAAAGAGACGGACUGUCGAAACUACAUUCGAGUUUUGCAAGUCGUGGAUGAAGACAAUCUGUAUGUUUGCGGGACUCACGCGUUUCAGCCUCUCUGUGAUUAUCUGUCUCUGCAGAGUUUCAGUUUGCACAACAAACCAGAGGAUGGCAGGGGGAAAUGCUCCUUUGACCCGGCCCAAAGUUUCACUACUGUAAUGGUUGAUGGCGAGUUGUACUCGGGAACCGCUUAUAACUUCCUGGGCAGUGAGCCGAUCAUCUCUAGAUCUUCUCCGUCUCAGAGUUUACUGCGCACAGAGUAUUCCACGUCCUGGCUCAACGAGCCCAGUUUCGUCUUCGCCGAUGUGAUCCGAGAAGGGCAGAACAGCCUGGAUGGAGAUGACGAUAAGAUUUACUACUUCUUCACAGAGGUGUCGGUGGAGUACGAGUUCUUCGGCAAGCUGCUGAUCCCCAGGAUCGCACGAGUUUGUAAGGGUGAUCUGGGAGGCCAGCGGACCCUACAGAAGAAGUGGACGUCAUUUCUGAAGGCCAAACUGGUUUGCUCCAUGCCUGAGCUCAACUUUGUCUUCAAUGUGGUUCAUGACGUGUUCAUUCUGAAAGCCCCUCACUGGAGAGACACAGUCAUCUAUGGGGUCUUUACAUCUCAGUGGGGAAAUGUUGGUCUGUCCGCGGUGUGUGCCUAUAACAUGAGUUCUGUGCAUGAGGUCUUCUCCAAAGGGAAGUACAUGCAGAAGGCCACGGUGGAGCAGUCCCACACCAAGUGGGUUCGAUUUAAUGGGGUCCCCCCGAGUCCCAGACCCGGAGCGUGCAUCAACAACCUGAACCGCAUGCAGAACAUCAACUCGUCCCUCCAGCUGCCUGAUAAGACGCUGCAGUUUGUGAGGGACCAUCCGCUGCUGGAGGACCCGGUGCUGCCCAUCGGCAACGGCCCACGCCUCAUCACCAAAGACGUCAACUACACGCAGAUCGCCGUGGAGAGAGUCCAGGCCCUCGAUGGAAACAUCUACGAUGUGAUUUUCACUGCCACCGAUAAAGGCUUGCUGCACAAGUCUCUGGUGUUGGAGGGCGAGGUUCACACGGUGGAGGAAAUCCAGCUGCUGAAGAACCCCGAGCCAAUUAAAACACUUUUACUGUCCACACGAGCGGCCCAGUUCCUGUACGCUGGAUCUGACUCCGGUGUGGUUCAGUCUCCCACAGCGUUCUGUGAGAAGUACCUGUCCUGUGUGGACUGUGUUCUGGCUCGAGACCCGUACUGCGCCUGGGACGCACGCUCCACUUCCUGUAUUAAUAUUUUCCAGGAUGAUGCUAAAAAACGGAAGUUGAUUCAGAGCCUCAGAGGGGAUGCUGGGAUAUGCCCCCCAGUCGCUCCUCUUGCGGUGGAGGACUACCAGCAGGUGGCGGUAAAGCCGGGCGGCUCUGCUGACCUGCCGUGUCAGGUGCGGUCUAACCUGGCUCAGGUGGUGUGGAAACUCAACGGCCACUUUCUCACCGAAGCCUCGCGCUUCCUCCUGAUGGGAGAGAACGGGCUGCUGCUCUACAGCGUGACGGCGGAGGACGCGGGCCGCUACGAAUGCUGGUCCGUCGAAUCGGGCGCAGGAAAGAACUUCACCCGUCUGGUGGCCGGAUACGUCCUCCGACUGGACCUUCCCGAGAGCGUGCCUUCGAUAUCCGCUCGGCGUCCUCAGAGCGUGACCCGUGACCUGACCACGCCGGCGGAAGGUAAUAACGGUAACACCGCAGGACUAACGUCAGCGCGCACGGACGCUCCCUCACUAACAACCCCUCCAAACAAUGUCAUUAAACCCAAAUCCUACAUGCCUCCGGAGGUCAGCAACUUACCGACUCGCACCGAGACGCUCGAUCCUUCGGCCAAAUACAUCCAACACGACAACAGCAUAGCCCUGCUGUCGCUCUUCCUCCUCUUCUUCCUCCUCUUCCUCGCCGCUCUGGCGUACAACUGUUACAUGCAGUACCUGCCGGCGCCGUGUCUCCGCCUGCGCUCCGCGCUGCUCGGUUCAAACAAAAAGCCGCAGCCGGAGUACGUGGCCUGCGAGGCCGGCCUGAUGGAGACCGUGCAGGAAAAGACGGAUCCGGCUAAUCGGAACGGAGCGCAUCCGCUGCACGCGCUCAGAGACACCGGAUACGAGACGGAACCGGAAUGUGGGAACGGCAGAGUUCCGUCCAACAGCUACGAGGACGCGGACGAUAGUCCCUCUAAAGACCGCCCCUUCGACAUAGACUGCGCUUCGCAGACCAUUGAAUACGCAGACGCUGACACGCCUUAAUCAUUUUUGCAUGCACUCGCAGUAAAGAGCCGUUACUCGCCGCAGCUCUGCAAGAACGACAACUAAAUUCCAAAUAAGAUUCCAAAUUGGAAACAUUCUUUACCAAAUUGGUAAGUUUGCGUGAUGUUUUCCAAAUUGGACUUCCGAACUGUAUUUGAAUAUUUUUUGUGCAGUUUUUGGGGCGUUUAACAUUCACCCUCGGCUUGCACUUUCCUGCUCGGUGUUUUUGGCUUGUUUUCCAGUACAAAUGUCUAAAAAUCGGGAAUAUUAACUUUUAAUUAAGAAGAAAAAAGACUAAUUAAGAUAGAUUAAGAUAUUAUUUUGGGGUGAAAUGUCAAAUUUAAAGAAAUACAUUUUGCAUGAAAAGGACAAUUUGCAGGACCAUAUAUAUAUAUAUAUAUAUAUAUAUAU